AUGGAAGAAGCCCUAUCGACGGUGAUCAGGGUUGUUCGAGUACCAUUAGCCAUACUCUCGGUCGUUCAAAACCUUAUCAUCAUAGUUGUGGUACUCACUCAUCAAACGCUCAAGAAGAACGCUUCUAACCUACUAAUUGCUCAGUUGGGUUUCGCUGACUUCAUCUCAGGAAUUGGUCUCUGCGUUCGCAUAGCAAUAACCGAGAUUCAUAUCUCGACCGGAGUGUUGCAGUUUGACCGAGUGGAGUGCAUUUGUUAUGGGGCAAUAACAAUAUUCGGUGUUCAUCUCAGUCAGACCACUAUGUUGAUGAUUGCUGUCGAUCGACUUUUUUGCAUCCGCUAUCCACACCAAUAUCGACUCAUGGUAAUUUCAUAG